AUGGCCUAUCUGUUGGUGUUUUCCGUCUGUUUGGCACUGCUGUUGGCCUCAAUCUCGCUGUGGCGGUACGGAUGCAUCCAGCGGCAGCACCCGAUCGUGACGUUUUCGGUGCUGACGGCGUGGAGCUUUUCGUUUUUGAUCGUGUUUACCAUUCCGCUGGACGUUACUUCGACCGUCUACCGACAAUGUAUCCUGGAGCAGAACUCAACCAAGUCGACUGCUGCCACCGGCCACAACGGCAGCACCUGCCAGCGGCCGUGGGGCAUGGUCGAGGACGAAGUUUUUCCGAAUCUCUGGCGCAUCAUCUACUGGUCGUCGCAGUUCCUGACCUGGUUGAUCAUGCCGCUGAUGCAGUCCUACCUGAAGGCAGGCGACUUCACCAUUAAGGGGAAGCUCAAGUCGGCGCUGGUAGAUAACGCUAUUUACUAUGGGUCGUACCUGUUUAUCUGUGGAAUCUUGCUGAUUUAUCUCGCACUGCAGCCGGGGGUUUCGCUGGAUUGGCAAAAGUUGAAGGCGAUCGCGUCAUCCGCAUCGAACACGUGGGGAUUGUUCUUGCUGGUGUUGCUGUUGGGUUACGCACUGGUAGAGGUUCCGCGCAGCUUGUGGAACAAUUCCAAGCCCGGUUUUACGCUGCAGUACGCCUACUUCAAGCUGUCGAAGCUGAGCUCGGAAAAGGCUGAAGCCGAAGAGCACGUGGAUGACGUUCUGGAGAGUUUGCAGUCGGCGAGUCGAGCGAUUCCACCACGGCACGAACUCCGAACUGCACUGGAAACCAUUAUUCGCAAGGUUCCAACCGAGUUGAUGGAACGUGCCCGCCGUGUCAGCCGUGACGAUGGAUCUCCGGUUGCGGUUCCGUCUGAGAAGGCGCUUGUGCGGCUCCACCGACAGGUGAUUAAAUCGCUACAGACUCUCCAGCGAACCGAGGCACUGUGGAACGUUCAGGUCAACAAAGUUCUGCACCUAGAGGACGUCGCGAAGAAUGCCGUCUCGUUGGAUCAUCGCUUCAAGACGGAAUUCCCCAAGCAUCGGACCGGUUUUGCGCGAGCCACCUACAGCCCAACCAUGGAAUGGUACUGGGAGUGUGUUGUGAAGGCUCCGUUCCUCAAAGUACUGGCCGUAAUCACCGGCUUUCUCUCGUGUAUCGUCGUCUGGAGCGAACUGACCUUCUUCAACCGCGAACCCGUGCUUUCCAUCUUUGCCAGCGUGCUGAAUCUCGCCAAACACAACUACGACUUUGUAACGAUUGAGAUAUUUUCGAUGAUGACCCUGUGCUACCUGUGCUACUGCGCGUACUCCACGGUGUUCCGGAUCAAAUUUCUAAACCUGUACUACCUGGCAGCUCAUCACCAAACCAACGAGUACAGCUUGAUCUUCAGCGGAAUGCUACUCUGUCGACUGACGCCGCCCAUGUGUCUGAACUUCCUCGGCCUCAUCCACAUGGACUCGCACAUCAUCAAAGAACGCAUCCUCGAAACUCACUACACGCAAAUCAUGGGACACAUGGACGUCCUGGGAAUAAUCUCCAACGGCUUCAACAUCUACUUCCCGAUGGUCAUGCUGGCGUUCUGCCUCGCGACCUGGUUCUCGCUCGGCUCCCGUGCCCUCAACGCGCUCGGCUUCCAACAGUUCAUGCUGAACGAAACCAUCGCCACGGAACUGGUCCAGGAGGGCAAAGACCUCAUCGUACGCGAAAAGCGCAAGCGUCAACGCGCCGAAGAUGCGAUCGCCCGUCGUCGGGACAACAUCCUUAACACCCUGGGUCGCGAUUCCUCGUCGGGCGAGGGGCGCGGAUCCGGCAACGGCAACGGUGGCGGCAGCGGAAACAUCCUCGGCAAGUACAAGUCGCGCAAUCUGGACGCUGCCGGCAGUCCGGUUGGACCAGGCGACGACCUGGUGCGACACGGAGACCGGCUGGAUUACGCCACGAACGGAUCGCGCGCCGCCGAUAUUAGUCGUUCGCUGUCGGACGAAAUCAACGAGCGGUUCGGGGUCAGCACGAACGUCACCGUUGGCUUCAAGGGGUACAGCGACUUUGGCGAGGAGGACGAAGGCCGGGGAGGUCGUUCGAGCGGUCCAGCUCCGCGCGGGUUCUUCGACGAUGUGUAGAGAGGGCGGCGAGAAUGCAUUUUAGGUUUACGACCGAGGUGAUACUAAGUUUAACGCGUUAUUGGUUUUUUGCUGUGUCAUUCUGUGUAACGAUUAAUUUUUAAAAAGAUUCAGCAAUUUUAUCGUUUCUUGAAAUUGUUUUGAUUCCAACAAAACUUAGAACAGGAAGCACCUAGCACUGAUAAUAUUCGCAACUUGUACUGUGGUUUUAUAUACAAGACAAAAAAUGAAAAAAUAAUACAACAAGCAGGUAGUUAAAAUAAAAAUGCAGCGCAGCACGUACUAACAGCAUUAAAUCAAUUAUCAAGAUUGCUAGCAAAAAUUAAAACAAAAA